AUGAAAGUUUACUAUUUAUUAGUAAUUGUGGCCAUAUUGGCUCCUGCCAUAAUUAGGGGUCAUAACUAUGGUCAUGACCACGAUUAUCCUGCGGAAAGUCCAUGUUCGGAAGAAAACGACUAUGACGAUGACCAUAAACCACCACCAUCAUGCUCUGGCGAUAAUGAAUCGGAUAAUGGACAUGAUUCUAAUGGCAAUGGAAAUGGACAUAACCGACCAUGUUCUGGGGAUAAUGGAAACCAUAGACCACCACCAUCAUGCUCUGGCGAUAAUGAAUCGGAUAAUGGUCAUGAUUCUAAUGACAAUGGAAGUGGACAUAACCGACCAUGUUCUGGGGAUAAUGGAAACCAUAGACCACCACCAUCCUGCUCUGGCGAUAAUGAAUCGGAUAAUGGACAUGAUUCUAAUGGCAAUGGAAAUGGACAUAAUCCACCAUGUUCUGGGGAUAAUGGAAACCAUACACCACCAUCACCAUGCUCUGGCGAUAAUGAAUCGGAUAAUGGACAUGAUUCUAAUGGCAAUGGAAAUGGACAUAACCGACCAUGUUCUGGGGAUAAUGGAAACCAUAGACCACCACCAUCAUGCUCUGGCGAUAAUGGAAAUGAUUCUAAUGGCAAUGGAAAUGGACAUAACCCACCAUGUUCUGGGGAUAAUUGGUCCGAUAAUGAUAAUGGAUGUAAUGGCAAUGGAAAUCAUAGACCAAGGCCACCAUGUUCUGGAGGUAGUGGAUCCGGAGGUUCAGGUAGUGGAUCGGGCAGUGGUUCCGGUAGUGGUUCCGGAAGUGGAUCUGAUGGUUCCGGUAGUGGAUCGGGUAGUGGUUCCGGAAAUGGAUCUAAUUGCAAUGGAAAUAAUAGACCAAGGCCACCAUGUUCUGGAGGUAGUGGAUCGGGAAGUGGUUCCGGCAGUGGAUCGGGCAGUGGUUCCGGAAGUGGAUCUGAUGGUUCCGGUAGUGGAUCGGGUAGUGGUUCCGGAAAUGGAUCUAAUUGCAAUGGAAAUAAUAGACCAAGGCCACCAUGUUCUGGAGGUAGUGGAUCGGGAAGUGGUUCCGAUAGUGGAUCGGGCAGUGGUUCCGGAAGUGGAUGUGAUGGUUCCGGUAGUGGAUCGGGCAGUGGUUCCGGAAGUGGAUCUAAUUGCAAUGGAAAUAAUAGACCAAGGCCACCAUGUUAUGGAGGUAGUGGAUCGGGUAGUGGUUCCAGUAGUGGAUCGGGCAGUUGUUCCGGAAGUGGAUCUGAUGGUUCCGGUAGUGGAUCGGGCAGUGGUUCCGGAAGUGGAUCUAAUUGCAAUGGAAAUAAUAGACCAAGGCCACCAUGUUCCGGUAGUGGAUCUAGUAGUGGAUCGGGAAGUGGUUCCGGCAGUGGAUCGGGUAGUGGUUCCGGAAGUGGAUCUGAUGGUUCCGGUAGUGGAUCGGGUAGUGGUUCCGGAAAUGGAUCUAAUUGCAAUGGAAAUAAUAGACCAAGGCCACCAUGUUCUGGAGGUAGUGGAUCGGGAAGUGGUUCCGGUAGUGGAUCGGGCAGUGGUUCCGGUAGUGGAUCGGGUAGUGGUUCCGGAAGUGGAUCUAAUUGCAAUGGAAAUAAUAGGCCAUGUUCUGGUAGGCCAAACCACAAUUCAGGAGGAUGCGAUGACGACACUACAACAACAUGCACUACAACAACAUGCACCACAACAACUCCGUGUCCACCAUCCCACAAUUCUACAACUCCGGAAGGUGAUGGCAAUAAUGGCACAAACGAUACCGCCACCCAUCUCAAUUAUUUGAUGUCGCUCAACGCUUGUGCCUCACUGCCCGAUAAUACCAUACUCUUGGAUUUGAGACAUUGCCGUCGUUUCUAUGUUUGCACCAACAAACGUGUAAAACGUAAUCGUUGUCCAAUUGGUGAAUGGUAUGACAAGGACUUACGUAGCUGCCGUAAACGUUCUCUGGUGACCAAUUGUAUUGCAAAUAAGAAUUAG